AUGCCUCCUUCCAGUUCCAAGUCGGGUCAAGAACCGAGCGUGACCUACGAGUCAAAACCUCCAGAAUGGACAGUUCCAGCGACUAGAAAUGGAGAUUUGGGCUAUCACGGGUUUUAUCCGCCGCGGCCUGGACAAGAUGAAGAGCUCUUGACGGACAACACAAUUCUCUUUGGAUACUCGGAACCUUCUUUUGUUGCGGGUACCGAUGCAUUUGGUGGCGUGUUUAAACAAAAUGGAAAAAAUGGGCUGGAUUCCCUACGAGAUAUCAUGGAACGAGUGCUCACCAAACGAGCAGAGCUGCAUGCUGUCGUCGAACCCAACACGUUUAAAUAUCCCUCUCGUGUUACUCUUGUUGGAGAUAAAAAGACGAGUUGGUAUGCCGACCUCGCCAACCCCGAAGUUCCUCUCCACACGAUUCCAAAGUCCACCCUCACCAGCCCCAAAAACAGCGAGACGCUGGAUUUGCUCUACUCUAUGAAGACACCGGUCGACAGAGCCGCCUGGUAUAUUGGUAAUCUAGGUGCCAUCGAUACCGUAAGACGAUCCCUUUACAUUCAACCUUGUUCUAAGCUUCUGUUUAGCUUGGAAACCGUAAAGAAACUGCUCGUGGACAUUGCCAUGCCCAAUCCCCUCAAGAGCGGAGUGAACCGGGUCAACAUUAUCCAAGUUUUCAAAAAGUCGAAACUCAACGAUCCCGAAUGGAAAGAGGCUUGGGUGGCAAAAUAUGCCUGGUC